CUUUUGUUGGAAAAGAAGGUUGCUUGUUUGCUAGUUCGUAGCAUUGUAUUCAAAUGUAUGAUACAAUAUAAUAAUACAAAUGCAUGUGUCUUUUUGUGGCUUCUUUCUGAUUAAGUCCUCACUGCACAGUUCUUAGAUAGCUCAUAUAAAAAAGGAACCAACUUUGAAUAUAAAAACCAACACUUUUUGCAUCUGAGAGCAUGGAAUUCAGAAUCUUCUUUGCUUUAUCAAUCAUUGCUUUGAGUUGUUUCAGAUGGAUGAGGUUUGCAGAAUCCAAAUUACCACAGGAAGAAGUUGAUGCUCUUGGAGAAAUCACUACCAUGAUGGGUGUCACCCACUGGGAAUUUGAUGGUGAUACUUGUCAAAUUAAAAAGGUGACAUUAGAGCCACCCAGUGAAGCUAAAAGCAGCAUUGGUUGUGAGUACCAUCCUGAAAAGGACAACUUCUCUCAUGUAGUAAGGAUUGAGUUCAAAUGGUACAAUCUUCCUGGCACUCUUCCACCUCAGAUGGUUAAGCUUCCUUACCUCAGAGAAAUUGAUCUUUCUCUCAACUACCUAAAUGGUACCAUCCCAAAGGAAUGGGCUUCAAUGAAACUGACUACAAUUGCUCUAAUGGCUAAUCGUUUAUCGGGGGAGAUUCCUAAGGAGUUGGGAAAUAUUACAACUCUAGUGAACCUGGACCUUGAAGCAAACCAAUUAUCUGGUCAUGUACCCUCUCAACUUGGAAAUCUGAUUAACCUGCAAAGAUUGGUUCUAUCAUCCAAUAAUUUGUCUGGGACCCUACCAGAGACAUUUGCUCUAUUACAUAAUUUGACAGAGUUUAGGAUAAGUGAUAAUAGUUUCAGUGGAAAAAUACCCAGCUUCAUUCAGAACUGGAAGCUACUUCAAAGACUAGAGAUGCAUGCAAGUGGACUGGAGGGACCAAUCCCAUCAAAUAUAUCUCUUUUGAGUAAUUUAACUAUUUUGAGGAUUAGUGACAUAGAUGGUCCAAGUCAGGAUUUUCCAGUUUUAAGCAGCAUGAAAAAAAUGAGAAGAUUGGUUUUGAGAAACUGCAAUAUUACUGGAGAGAUUCCUAGUGACAUCUGGAAAAUGGAGAAUUUGAAAAUGCUGGAUGUGAGUUUUAAUCAGUUGGUUGGCGAAAUUCCAACUAUCAAACCUGCAGCACCAAUGACUUUUAUCUUCCUAACUGGCAACAAACUAACUGGUAAUGUACCUGACUCAAUCUUGGCGGCGGGAGGCAAUGUUGAUCUUUCUUAUAACAACCUUACGUGGCAAGGACCUGGGCAAUCUGCUUGUCAAGAUAACUUGAAUUUAAACUUAAACUUGUUCCGGAGUUCUUUGGGGACCACAAAAUUACAGGAUGUUCUCCCAUGUUCAAAGACCUUUAAGUGUCCUAGAUACUCAAGCUGUUUGCAUGUGAAUAGUGGUGGAAAGGAUGUAAUGAUGAAAGAAAAUGGUCAAAAUAUCCUUUAUAUAGGGGAUAGUGUGCCGGGUGGUACUGCUGAAUAUUAUAAUGACCUUAAAAAGCUUUGGGGGUUUAGCAGCACUGGUGACUUCAUGGAUGAUGAUGACAUCCAAAAUACACGUUACACCAAGACAUUGUCACCUUCAAAUUUGUCUGAAUUAUAUGCAACGGCACGAGUGUCCCCUAUUUCGCUCACCUAUUUCCAUUAUUGCUUGGAAAAUGGGAACUAUACAGUAAAGCUCCACUUUGCAGAAAUACAGUUUACUAAUGAUAGGACAUGUAACAGUCUUGGGAAACGCUUAUUCGAUAUCUAUGUCCAGGAUGGACUAGUUUUGAAGGAUUUUAACAUUGAAGAGAAAGCACAUGGUGCUCAAAAACCAUAUAUAGCAACAAUUCCUAAUGUCAGCGUAACAGACAAUAUUCUAGAGAUCCGACUCUACUAUGCUGGCAAGGGAACUGAAAGGGUUCCUUAUCCUGCAGCUUAUGGUCCCCUCAUAUCAGCUUUCUCUAUUGUUUCUAAUUCUAAACCUUGUUCAGUCCAAAAGAAAGCAGUGAAUUAUAUAAUAGUUGGAGUUGGAUUUGGAAUUACAGCUCUUUGCCUAGUCCUUAUUAUAGUAGGGAUUCUUUGGUGGAAACACUUCUUCAAAGGAAUAAUUAGGACAGAAAAAGGUGUUGAUGGACAAUAUAAUCAGACAGGGACAUAUACAUUAGAACAAAUUAGAGCUGCCACAAAUGAUUUCUCUCCUGCUAACAAGAUUGGGGAAGGUGGUUUUGGUCCUGUCUACAAGGGUCAGUUAUCCGAUGGUACUUGGGUAGCGGUCAAACAGCUUUCUUCGAAGUCACGGCAGGGGAAUCGUGAAUUUUUAAAUGAGAUAGCCAUGAUAUCUUGUUUGCAACACCCUAAUCUUGUGAAACUUCAUGGAUUUUGCAUUGAAAACAAUCAACUAAUGCUGGUGUAUGAGUACAUGGAAAAUAAUAGCCUGGCUCAUGCUUUAUUCAGCUCAGAGAAUCAGCUUAAACUUGAUUGGUCAACAAGGCAUAGAAUCUGUAUUGGCAUAGCAAAAGGUCUUGCAUUUCUUCAUGAAGAAUCUAGACUCAAGAUUGUUCAUCGAGAUAUCAAAUCUACUAAUGUGUUACUGGAUGGGAACUUAAACCCUAAAAUAUCCGAUUUUGGGUUGGCUAGGCUUGAUGAAGAGGAAGAGACUCACAUCAGCACCAGAGUGGCAGGAACAGUAGGAUACAUGGCACCGGAAUAUGCAUUAUGGGGUCACCUGUCUUACAAGGCUGAUGUAUACAGUUAUGGAAUUGUGGUCUUGGAAAUUGUCAGUGGAAAGAACAAUAAAAGUUACAUGCCAAGUGAUGAUUGUCUUUGUCUUUUAGAUAAGGCAUUUCAUCUUCAAUCCACUGAAAACAUAAUGGCACUGGUUGAUGAAAGGCUGGGAUUAGAGGUGAACCCAACCGAAGCAGAAAACAUGUUGAAAGUAGCUCUGCUGUGUACGAAUGUAUCGCCGUCUCUUAGGCCUACAAUGUCAGAGGUUGUGAACAUGCUUGAAGAAAAAACUAGCAUCCCAGAUGUUGUACCGGAAUCUUUUUUUCGUGAAGAUUUAAGGUUUAGAGCCAUAAGAGACAUCUAUCAACACGGUGAAAAUCAAAGUUUGUCUUCAAGCAAAACAGGCAGUUUAAUAGGAUAUUUUGUACCUACUUCUUCCUCAGUCUCUGGCAAUGACAUGCAUGAAAUAUGCUCAAAAUCAUAGGGAAGCACAAUUUUAAUGAUCAAUAGUUUAGGCUUUUUUAGCAUAUAGAAGACUUGCAUUUGGCCAUUUUUCACUCUAGUAUAAACUUGUGUAUAGGAUGAAUACUGCAUUUGAAAUCUUCAAUAUUGUUCUAGUA